AUGGCCGACAAGCCACGUCGAUCUUCUUCUGAAGAUGUACCUAGCCCUGCAGACAGUGAGAAAUAUGCUACUGAAGCACAGCCAGUCGAUAUUCUCGGGAUAACAGACCCUGAUGAGCACUUGUCCGAGGCUGAGCGACAGGCAAUUGACCGAAAGCUUCUAUGGAAACUGGAUUUCACUCUAAUUCCAUGGCUAACGUUUCUGUAUCUCAUAUCAUUCCUGGACCGUACCAACAUUGGAAAUGCCAAAAUCGACGGCCUUCAAGAGGAUCUGAACAUGACCAACAACGAAUACAAUGAUACUUUGACCAUUUUCUUCAUUUCUUACUCUCUAUUUGAGCCCCUAACUCAGAUUCUCCUCAAACGAUUCAGGCCUUCUAUCUUCCUCCCGGUAAUCAUGAUCUUAUGGGGAAUCGUCAUGACCACCAUGGGCUUGGUCCAUAACUUCUCGGGACUCAUGGCAGCACGGUGGUUCCUAGGCUUGGCUGAAGCUGGACUAUUUCCAGGGGUUAAUUAUUACCUGAGUUGCUGGUAUAGGAGAAGCGAAUUCGGCAUUCGCGCAGCAAUUUUCUUCAGUGCAGCUGCACUAGCUGGCUCCUUUGGUGGUCUACUGGCGGCCGCCAUUGUCAAUAUGCGUGGUGUAGGUGGUAAGCCAGGAUGGGCGUGGAUCUUCAUUCUCGAGGGGCUUGCCACCGUUAUAGUGGGAAUAAUCUCCUUUUGGAUGAUCCAUGACUUUCCCGACGAGGCCAAAUUCUUGUCGGAAGACGACCGCCGUCGUGUCAUUCGCCGUCUCAAGGCCGACCAGCAAUCUAGCGCAGAGCAUGAAGAGUUUAAACUGGCCUACCUUUGGGCGAGCUUGAAAGAUUGGAAAACAUACACCGGAAUGAUAAUAUACAUGGGCUGUGACGGGUCUCUAUACGCCUUUUCGCUUUUCCUACCAACCAUUGUUCAACAGAUGGGCUACAAAAAUGUGCAUGCUCAACUACUGAGCGUACCGCCGUACGCCGUGGCAGCAGUCAUGACAAUAUUUAUUGGUUUCCUUGCGGACAGGACAAGGAAGAGAGGGUACUGCAAUAUUGGCAUGUCGCUGUUUGGCAUCACAGGGUUCGCCAUGCUGCUGGGAUCUGGGACACCACAUGUCCAAUAUGCAGGGACAUUCCUCGGCGCCAUGGGGAUCUAUCCAUGCAUCUCCAACACCAUCUCUUGGACCGCGAACAACGUGGAAGGAGUCUACAAGCGAGGCAUUUCGCUAGGCUUCGUCAUAGGAUGGGGUAACCUCAACGGUAUCGUGGCUUCCAACAUCUACCGUGCCGAGGACAAACCUCGCUUUAGGCCCGGCCAUGCAGUAGUCCUGGCGUAUUUAACCGUCUUCUUGUUUGGUGGGAGUAUUCUCCAGCAUGUUCUUCUGCGAGGCGAGAACGCGAAACGACGGGCAGGUAAGAGGGAUGUUUGGGUUGAGGGCAAGACGGCCGAAGAAAUUGACCGGUUGGGUGACAAGAGGCCCGAUUUCUUGUACACUCUAUAA